AAGAAGCUGUCUGAUUGUCAGUUUGAAGUUUCCGCAUCGCACGUGUCUUAGAAACAUCUCGACGUCUUUUCGUCAAACUUUUCUUACAUCCGGUGUCUAAUCAAACUCCAUUUGCCCUGAAGUCGUCGACUGAAGAACAUCUCUCAUAGCUGAGCAAGUUGCAUUCUGAAAAUAUAAGUUCUCCAAUAAGUUUUUGAAAAUUUUGAAGAAAUAUCUGAAAACAAGUUGCGAUGGAGUCGAUUGGAGAUGCAAAGCCACAAGAGGUGCCUGUGACCCAAAAGCAGGAGGAGGAGUUCACUGAAUUGGCUAUGGAAACUGUCGAGAAAGGGCCAGCUGAGGCUAUGGCUGACGGCGAAGGGGUCGAACUAGGGGCUCUAGCCGUCCCCAUCGAUCAGCCGAUCAAUGAAGUCGAGGAAGCUAUGGAGAAGAAAACAUUGACAUCCAUAAUUACGCUACCCGAAGCCAAGCGGUUCUGCUCAGCUGAGCGGACAUCUAAAAUGAAUCCGGAGUUGGUGGUGGCGCUGGUCGAUAGGAGCCAUGCGACCGGCUCGAUCACCCUCAGCCAAUGGCAUCUGGUGGAGGCAUCAUUGAAAGAGGCCAUGAUGAAUUUGAUGAGUAAUACCGGCAUAAAGCCCGCUAGGUUCGAGGAUGCCGGCUGGAAGGCCGGAACCAAGCUCAUCCAUUGCCUCGAUGAUUACUCUCUCAAGUGGCUCUGCGCUACUGUGGAGGCAGUGCAGCCGCCGUGGCCCAACGCUAAGCUGGCAAUUGUCCACCAGAACUGCCAACUACCGCUAGUCAGGGCCAACGUGAGUUUACCCUCCGCAAUGCCGACGGAGAUAGUCGUGAAUCUGUUCAAGUGGAAGAACACUAAUACGGUCACCUCCGACUGGCAGAUGGUCAGCGGGGUCAAUGGGCAAAAGAUGCCGUUGAACAACAACGAGACUGGUGGCAUGAACUCGUCGAAGUAUGACCGCAUGGCCUGGCGCCUGAGCACUGUGUACGUUAAUUUCAAUAAGGAACCGGAAAAGCAAGCCAAACAGGCGAUGAACGAAGCGGCUGGGCAGGCUGCUGCGGAGACUCCAGUCGAAAAUGAGUUGCAAAAUGCAGAGGAAUCUGUCAUGGGCGAUCAUGACGAAAUUGAGGAGCCAUCGGAGCUGCCCAAUCGCGACGACGAUAUGGCUUAACCGGCUGAGCUAUCGUAGGUGCUAGGUGCUCUAUCGAUAUUAUCAUCGUAUUCAAGGACAGUUAAAACCAUCACAGCUUACCAGUACCUGAAGCAAAAUAUGAAGUACUUUGUCCACUGUCUUUCAGUCCUUAAAUAGUAUAAUGAAACAUUUCAAUAAAUGCGAGUUCCGAUA